AUGCCCGACAUCAUCGAGUUCGCGCUCGGGACGAUCCUCGGCAACAUGAGCACGGCCGUGGUGCUGGCGCUCGUCUACUUCAACUUCCUCCUCUUCGAAGACUACUUCCGCGUCAUCAUCUGGAGCAUCCUCUUCAGCCAGGCGCUGCGCGGCGCCAAGGAAAACGUCUGCCGCAUGCUCGCCUAUCUCAGCCACGCCAACGAGAUCCAACGCGACGGCCUUCUCUACUCGGUCGUGACGCAGCUCGGGCCGUACCUCAUGCGGUCGUCCGGUCCGACCGACUUGGCGCACAAGCAGCGCCGCAUGCAAGAAUUCAUUCUCGACAACGGCAUCUUCAUCUUUGCGAUGAUCGGCGCCGUCUCGAUCUACGUGCGCAUGUUUAGCUGGCUCUCGUUCGUGCAGCUCGCGAUCGCGCUCCUGCUCUGCGUCGUGGCGUUUGUCUGGGUCGCCGACCGGCGCAUUUUUCACUACCGCAUCUUUGUGUCGGACGAGGUUCUUGUCUCGACGCUGCUCUUACUGGGCUGCUGCACGAUCGGCGUUUUUGUCCUCGUGUUUCUCGGUACCGAGAGCUACGUGGAAGGCUCCCGCGCUGCCAUGCACUUUACGAGCUGGGUGCACACGAACGUCAUCAACGACGAGCGCACGCGUAAGAUGUGGGGCGACCAAGUGCACAACGGCAAGGCCAUGGUGGCCUCGGGCCUGCGCGAGAUCGAGGGCCAAUACAACUCGACCAUGUGGUUUGGUCCGCUCAAAGCGUUGGUGCUUUCGUACUAUGACGCAAGCGACGGCGCCAUGCCAGUGGUCUCGGACCCGAUCAUGAAUGCGACGACGGUCGCCACGAUACUCGACAUUCCGACCAACAUGACGUGGACGUCGGUGUUUACCCUCGCGUACGCGCAGUUUAACCUGACCUCGACCGACGUGACGGACUGGACGAGCAAAGGCCUCGAGAUCUCGUCGAUGGCGUUUGGCUCGGUGUUUCAGAUUGUGUUUUUCGUGCUCACGUUUGUGAUUGCGUUUAUCAGCAUUGGGAUCAAGGCCGUCUUUUUUGUCACGUCGCUCUUUUACCUCCUCUGCACCAAGUGGGACCCGAUCGAACGCUUUGUCUAUGAUUUGAUGCCGAUUUCGCCCGAGAAACGCCCGGCGCUCGUCAACUCGCUGCGACGCUCGAUCGAAGGCGUGUUUUCAUUGCCCAUGAAGAUUUCAAGUCUCCACGCGAUUGUGACGUUGGUCUCGCUGAGCAUGAUGGCCAAUGAUUUCGUGUACCUGGGGACCUUUAUCACGUUUUUCAUCUCGAUCGUGCCCAUCAUCCCCGCGUACCUCGUGUGCGUUCCGUGGGUGCUCGCGCUGUGGUCGUCGGCGUCGAUCGUCAAAGCGCUUCUACUCUUUGUCAUUCAUUACGUGGCGUUUUCUUGGAUCGAUCAAGUGCUCUACGAGAAGAGCUUGACGUCCAUCAAUGCGUACGUCUCGGCGCUCAGCGUUGUCUUUGGUGUCUACGUCUUUGGCCUCGAGGGCGUUGUCUUCGGUCCGCUUUUGGUCUGCGGUGUCAACUGGGCCUACGAGGUCUCCAACCACGGCAUCCAAGCAGCGUCCAUGGACGAAGCUGAGAAGGCCGAUCGCCGCGAAGAGCGACCCACGAUGCAGGGCAACAUCUUUUCGAACGCGUAUCGCGCCAUCUCGGGUGGCCUCAACGACAAUCUCUCGCGACGCUUCUCGUUUGACGCGACGUCGCCCGCGACCGUGUGCGUGACGCUCCAAGUCCACGCGCUGCCGUCGUCGCCAGCGCUGUUUUCCGCGCCGAGCCGGGACGCGCCGCUGGUCCGCUUCAUUGCGUCCAAGGACUGGACGUACGAAGAGCUACUGACGCAUUUGCGGCAUACACUCAAAGUCUACAGUGUCUGUGGGCUCUACGCGGUCAACAGCAACGCCCAAGUGCUCUCGCCCGCCCACCUUUUCCCGAACGAGACACUCCGCGUCGAGGUCGAGACGGAGCCGCGAACGGAACCCGACACCCGCGUUCCCCGACCGCCCGUGUACCUCAAGCGCAACAAGUCCAAGACUCUGGUCAAGAAGACGCCGGUGAAACUGGCCGUCGCGGUCUCGCCGUCCAAGCAACACUUGCGCCGGUCGUCGUGCUCGCAUUGCGUCGGCGACUCGGAGUCGGAUGCGAUUCUGUCACCUCGCCGCAGCGCACCGAGCCUCCUAGGUGCUCCGAUCUCGGACGUGGUUCCGCCCACUGCCCGGUUCCGGGAUCUCUCGUCGUUCCAGGCGGCGGCCGGUGACUGUUUUCGGCAGUCAAUCUUGCAGCUGCGCAGCCAAAGCUCGUCGUCGGCGUCCGACACGAUGACCAGUGACAACUCGCCAACCAAAGAAGUGGUCACGGAGGUCAAGGCGCCGGAAACGGUGCCCGAGUCACCGAUGCCGUCGUCGGUGCAGACACCGGGAACACCGCUACCGGCGCUACCAACGGCGCUGCCUGUUGUCGUGCGGCCCGAGAGCCAAACGAAACGUCCGCGCAGCUUUGACGCAGCAACGCCCGACCGCACUGUGCUCGUGAGCGGCCGAGGCAUUCAGCACCAAGUGGAGACGGAAGAUCAGGCGCGCCCGUCGCUCGAAGCUAGCGCUGUGAUUGAGCGAACGUCGGAGCGGCGUCGCAAUGGCCCGCGGCGGUCGCAAUCGGUGCCAGACUUUGAGGUCAAGCCUCCGGGGUUCUGGAAGCGCAUGAUCGGAAAGAAACACUAA